AUGGCCACCUUCCUGCCCGGCGCAUUUGGUGCAAAGACUGCACCCGCGCCAGCAGAGCAGUUCGCACCGGCCUUGCAGGCGCACCACGAUUGCGCGGAUCGCUGCGUCUCUGAAGGCAUCGCAGUUUCAGUGGCUGAUGGUGCCAAGAAGGCUGUCGACACAUUGCAAAGAUGCGGCGUCGUGCAGUUGCUGGGGGCUUAUGACCUGAGCGAGCUUGAUCAGUUCCAGAAGGCCUUUGACCAACUAAAGUCAAGAGAAAAAGCAUACAAGAAGUUGCUCGACACCAAGCAGCUCCAUGAUGGUCGCUAUCAGGUUUAUCUGCCGUUUACAAAGCCGUUCUCUUCGCGCAAAACUCUUGGUGUCAGCGAUUUGGUGCUAGAGGUGCUUCGUUCCUACUUCCUGGCAAGCGGCGGCAGCUUUGGCAUAGAUCAUGUCACUGUAUUGACCUCUUCGAGUGGCAGUGCAAAUCAGAGCUUACAUCCGGACGUUCACUACUUCAAGGGCUUAUCCGUCUCGGUGCACACGGCUUUGCAAGACGUGCCUGCGUCGAUGGGGCCGACGUUCUUCUGUCCGUGCACUGGCGAGUCCCUGACGCGGGAGGAUUGGCCACCCAGCGCGGCCAUCAAAAUGACAAUCUUGAAGCGAAAGGACUGUUUGGCAGCUCAAUUCGCGCCUUCCUUCACUGCCCGUGGCACAGUCACCAUCUACGAUGGAGCGAUGUUCCACAAGGGCCUGGAGAAUGGUAGCGGUCGAGACAGGCCAGUUCUGAAACUGGAGGUUGCUGCAGAAGAGUUUGCUGAGCGCCGAAACUACAUCCAAUUGGCAUCCGCUGCCGCCAAAAAGCAAGUCCGUCGGUUUCGUGAAGCCAUGGGUCCUCCGUAUUUUGGUGAAAGCCGCCGACAAGACUUGUAG